UGGUGGUGGGGUGGGGGACAGUUUUUUUUUCUUCUUCUAGUACUACAGCAGGAGGAGUGCACUUUUCCGGAAAAACGUCGAGCUACGAGUUCACUGUAGUAUUUGUUUAUGUUCAAACAUCACACAAAACAAAAUUAGAUAUGACUCUCUCACAAACGGUGAAUUACUCUUCCGGGCCUGGUAUAUCGCAUUCAUUGACGAUAGCAGCUGAGCAACAACACCUAACGGACUUUAUAUGGACAUUUUCAAAUUGGUCUACUUUAUAUGAUGAGAAUAAAAGAGCAAAUCCAGAAGGAGUGACUAUUUUCGAGUCAGUCUCUGACUCUUUUCAAGUGGCUGGCUUAGAAAACUGCACUUGUCGCAUAUCCUUUCGUCUGUUCAAUACGCUAAGUAUGUUACGCGUUGAAUUUUCAGAUUCCAUAGACGUUGUAGCACUAAAACUAAUUUGUAAUAUAAAUGAUUACCGAUACGAAAGUUUUCACUCGCACCCGAAAGAGAAAUAUUUCGAAACGAUAUGUAGUCCGUUCGAUAAAAAAUACGGACCGAUUACGAUCUCGAAUAUCGUAGACCGCUCGAAACCUUCGCUAUUAUUGACCGUAAGAUUCGAGGUUACCACAUUUCCCGAAUCUUACCGUCGUCCUUAUAAAAAAGCUCAAACGAAUGUUCUCAAAAGCUUAAAAACUAUGUACGAUGCCAAAAUAUUUAGUGAUAUUACGUUCGUGUUCGACGACGAUGGUAAAGAAUUAACCGCUCACAAAGCUAUCCUCGCAGCACAGAGCGAAGUUUUUCAGGUUAUGUUUUCGAGCGAUAUGAAAGAGAAACAUACAGGUAGAGUCGAGAUUGAUGACAUUAGAUCAGAGGUUUUUGAAGAAUUUCUCAGGUAUUUAUAUACUGGAGAAAUAUAUAACUUGAAAAAUAUAUUUGAAGAAAUUUUAGUAGUUGCAGACAAAUAUGACGUUUGUCACUUGAAAGAAUUCUGCGAAAAUCACAUGUUGGCAACACUUUCUGACGAAAAUGUUGAAAAUUAUCUUCUCAUUGCGGCCAAAUAUUAUUGCACCGAGUUGAAAAAAAGAGCUCUCGAAAUGCUUCAAAACAGUGCAAAAACAAUUAUGAGCGAAAUAUUCGAGGAAAAGUGAAUGUAUAUAUGAAAACACGGAAAAUAUUGUUGAUCGAUAUCUAAUUUUUCGUUUCUGUAUUUUGCUGUAAAAAUUUAGUAAAUAAUUUGAAUCAUUGUACACACGGAUACGAGACUGAUGCAUUUAUAAUCGAUUAAGAUGCGAUUGAAGCAAAGAUAUUUCUCACUGACCUAGGUUUUUUGAUAAUCGAAAUUCAAGAAAAUAUUGUUAUAAUCUUUGUAUUCAUUUUUUUUAAUUGACCUUGCGAGUAUCAUUUAGGCUCAUAUGUACGAGAUUUUGGUUUUAUAUUGUACCAUUGUAAAAGACAAAGCCUAAAAAUCACGUUCAAUAUAUAUAGUGAGGUUAGGUAUACAGGCCCAAUCGUAUAAUUAAUACAAAUAAUACAAAACAUUUUGUACAUUGAAAUGUAACAAACAAAAAAGUAUUUGAUGGAAAA